AUGACUAGAAAUUCACAUUUAAACACAAUCCUUGGCUCAGAACUAUUUGAAAAAAUAAGUAAAUGUCGAGUAUUAAUGGUUGGAGCGGGUGGAAUAGGCUGUGAACUUUUGAAAAACCUUGUCAUGUCAGGUUUUCAAGAAAUUGAAUUGAUUGAUUUAGAUACAAUAGACUUAUCAAAUCUUAAUCGACAAUUUUUAUUUCAAAAACAACAUAUCAAAAAAUCAAAAGCUGAAGUAGCAAGAGAAUCAGCAUUGAAGUUUAAUCCAAAUGUAAAUAUAACCUCACAUCAUGCCAAUAUUAAGGAUCUUCAAUUCAAUCUAGAAUGGUUUAAAAGUUUUGAUAUCGUAAUGAAUGCCUUAGACAAUCUCGAUGCCAGACGUCACGUGAACAAGAUGUGCUUAGCUGCAAAUGUACCAUUAAUCGAAUCUGGAACAGAAGGAUACUUGGGACAAGUUACAGUUAUAAAAAAGGGAGAAACAGAAUGUUAUGAUUGUUUACCAAAACCAACAAGAAAAACAUAUGCAAUCUGUACUAUUCGUAGUACACCAAGUAGUCCAAUACAUUGUAUUGUUUGGGCAAAAAGUUAUCUUUUCAGUCAGUUAUUUGGAAUACCUGAAGAUGAUGAUGAUUCAGAAUUGGAUACAUCACUUAAUGGUGAAAAUGCCGAGGAAAUUUCUAAUCUUAAGAAGGAAACUCAAAUUUUAAAAGAAAUAAGAGAGGCGAUCGGAUCUGACGAUUUUCCAAGAAUGGUUUUUCAAAAGGUGUUUUCUGAUGAUAUCGUACGUUUAUUAAGCAUGGAAGAUAUGUGGAAGUCAAGAAAACCACCCAAACCUUUGAAUUAUGAAACUAUUGAAAAUUCAAUUGAUGAUAAUAAUUCACAAUCUAUUGAUAUGACAACAAAUAAAAAUAUAGCAAGAAAUCGAAAUGUUUGGAGUCUUAAGGAAAACCUUCUAGUAUUCAAAGAUAGAUUGAGUUCAAGAUUAUUAUAUGAAAAAUCAUCAAAUCCUAAUGCUUCACUUUCUUUUGACAAAGAUGACAUAGACACGUUGGACUUUGUGACUGCUACAUCAAAUUUAAGGGCGUUUGUAUUUGACAUUGAAAGAAAAUCAUGUUUUGAUGUUAAAGCAAUGGCUGGUAAUAUUAUUCCAGCAAUUGCAACAACAAAUGCCAUCAUUGCAGGAAUGAUUGUGAUGCAAUCAUUCAAAAUUCUUAAUGGAAAAUUAAACGAAUGCAAAACUGUAUACUUUGAUAGAUCAAGACUGCCACAAGUAUUUCUUUCAGAGUCACUUAAAAAACCAAAACCAAAUUGUCUUAUUUGUAGUAAUGCAUAUGUAUCAUUGAAGAUUAACACCAAGAAAACUACAUUAAGAGAAUUUCUUGAAAAAAUUGUUUUAUUAGAUGAUCAAGAUAAAACAGACAUUGGUGAUUAUAUGGUGACUCAAGAUGGAAGAAUGUUAUACGAUGUUGAAUAUGAUGAUAACCUUGAUUCUACAUUUGAACAAUUAACAAUCACUGAUGGUAAAAUGUUGAUGGUGACACCAGAGGAUGAAUAUGUACCAGCAAUCUUUUCAAUAUCUCACAAGGAAUCUUUUGAUUCUCCAGAUGUCUGGUUUCAGGUCGAUGGAAAUUUUAGGAUCCCCAAACCUAUGGAAAUAGAUGCAAAAUCACCUUCACAACCAUCACCAACAUCAUCCUUAUCAUCCUUAUUCACUGACAAUUUAUCAAAAAAAAGAAAAAUUGAUGAAUCAGAAAUUUGUAUCAUGGCUCUUCCUACUGAUAUUGCUUCAGCUUCUCAAGGAAUUCUAUUAUUUAAUAAAUGGACUUACGAUGAUGUAGAAGUAAAAGAUAUAUCAUUGACAGACUACAUACAAAUUCGUAAUCCAGUUUAUUUACCGCAUACAGCUGGUCGUUUUUCCACAAAAAGAUUUAGAAAAGCACAAUGUCCUAUUGUUGAACGAUUGACCAACUCACUUAUGAUGCACGGGCGUAAUAACGGAAAAAAAUUAAUGGCAGUUAGAAUUGUAAAACACGCAUUUGAAAUUAUUCACCUUUCAACUGAUCAAAACCCUAUUCAAGUUUUGGUUGAUGCUAUAAUUAACACUGGUCCGCGUGAAGAUUCAACUCGUAUUGGUAGUGCAGGCACAGUUAGGAGACAAGCAGUUGAUGUUUCACCUCUUCGUAGAGUGAAUCAAUCUAUUGCAUUAUUAACAAUUGGAACACGUGAAUCAGCUUUCAGAAAUGUUAAAAGUAUUGCUGAAUGUUUGGCCGAUGAAUUAAUUAAUGCUGCUAAGGGAAGUUCAAAUUCAUAUGCCAUUAAAAAGAAAGACGAAUUAGAACGUGUUGCCAAGUCUAAUCGUUAA